GAGGCUGGGCCGAAGUGGCGGAAGAGGAGGAGCCCGGCAUGGGCGGCGGGAGGGCCUCCGAGCCACGCCGAGCCGCCGUCGGGAGGGAGGCCGCCGGAGGAGGAAGAAGAGGCCGGGUUCCCUUUGACGCCCUCCCCGUCCCUGCUCGAGAGCGCUGCUGGUCGCGAAGCCGAGGCGGGCCGGCGGAAACCGCCGGGAGAGCCCGAAGGCGGGCCGAGGAACGAGGCAGAGCCGCGGAGACCCUGAACGGAAGCUAAAAUGUCUUCAUGGAUCAAAGCAAAUUCAGAUCAAGCACAAGCUCCUGAUCCUGAAAAAAGGCAUAGACCUGGGUGGAUUCCUCGACUUCUGGACAUAAAUCCUUACAAAUCCAUUCAGAAGAGCUCUUACUCACCUCCCGAUGGUUAUUCAAAGGACUAUGAAGAUGCUAACAGCUUUGAAGAGCUCUUUGGGCAGCAGUAUCAUCCAUCGACAGGGAAUGAAGAUAACUACGAGAGAUACCACUAUUCCCAGAAAGAUGAUGACUACACCAAGGACGUUCUUCGGGAGAAGCUGUACCUGCAGUUUUACCAGCAGAUAGAGAAGGAAUACGAUAAAGAUAGGCCUUCAGAUUGUGUCAUUGUUUCGAUCAGCAAAGAUCAAGCGGAAUAUUCAACAGCCAUAGGCCAUCGGUUGCAGGAUCAUGGCCUUGUGGUGGAAAUGAUAUAUCUUACAUCCGAAUCAGGUCUUACUCGUGCCCUCCAGGAAGUUAAAAACGAUGGUUCCCCAUUUUGUGUUCUUGUUGAACCGUCUAACGUAACACUUUGCUCUUGCACCGUAAUCAUGCUUCAUCAGUCUAUCAAAAUACACCGUAAUAUGCCCAUGGAGGAUGCAUUGGCUCUGAUAGCUAAAGAAUUUGAGAACAUUAUUCCUGCGCGCGAACAACAGGAACGCACAGAGAUUUCCCACAAAGCCGCUGAUCUGGCAGAUGACUACUUAGAGCGGGAGCUCUAUGAGAGUUACCACGUGCCUCUAGGCGUUAGGCACCUCCUUUUUCUCUUAAGUGAGGGAAAACAUUUAUACGUGGAAGAACUGAAUUCAAUAAGUGACUACCUGAAGACCAGGAGAAAUAAGCUUGAAGGCUUUGUUCCAGAAACGAACGUUCUGGCUGCUUCGGUUGAAGAGGCUGCAUAUCCGCCGAGCAUCCGACCAAGUACCAGCGCCCUUCCUCAGACGCUGAGCAAGCCUCCGCCUCUUCUUCCGACGCCUGGCCGGAGUCCGGUCGCGGUGGGACAGGCUGCGGGACCCUCUGCCAAGCCAGCGUUGUUGGGUGAAAGACCGUUGGGGGCUCUGCUUCCAACACCAGCAGUGGCUGGUCCAAAGGGGAAACCCCCACCUCUUCUGAUAAAAUCUACUAAGAGACCCAUCCACCUGCCGCCUCCGUCUCCACACCUGCCUGCGAAGCGGCCCUUGCUUGGUGUCCGGCCUGGCCUCCUGCCAACCCCAGUUGCUCAAGCACGAUCAGCACAGCAUCAUUGGGUGCCCAAGCCGAAGUUCCUGGUUUGAUGGGGCACCCAGACUUAACAACAGAAUAAACUAUAUUCCCCGAUGGCAACUUCCCUCUUCUUUCCUGGCGGCACAACUUGGCACACGUAUGCUGUUAGUAUGGCCGGACAAGCUUAACCACGCAUCGCCUCUUUGUUGUACACAUUCCUGAGAACUUGCUUUCUUUUCUUUCUUUCUUUUUUUUUUAACUUCAGUGGAUGACUGAAAAUAGGUGCUUGUGGAAAUAUCCUGUUUUAGGUCCCAGUAUUAAUAUGUUUUAAAUAAGGAUAGCCCCCAAAUAAAGGAUUUAUUUGCAGAA